UAUAAUAAUAACAUCCGGUCUGUUUGAACCGCAGAUGUUAGCGUUUUCAUAUUAGAUACAUGCAAUUCUUUGUGUUUAUGCAAGCCUGUGUCUGAAACCUUUAGUAUAUUGUAAUCAGAUAUUCAUAUUUAAUCUCAUCGAGUGGGUCCAGCAUGUCUCAGGAGCAGUGUCCUUUAAACGUGGCCGCGGACACGAGUUUGGACUCUGGGAUGCACAGAAGAGUUCCUGAGAAAACUCCUAUUCAAAUCCUUCAUGAAUUUGGCACAAAAACUGGCAACCUGCCCGUGUAUUUGCUGGAGAAGUCUGAAGGAGAGGCUCACCAGCCCAGCUUUGUGUUCAGUGUACAGAUCGGAGAUGUGAACUGCUCUGGCCAAGGUUCCAGUAAGAAAGCUGCAAAACAUCAGGCUGCUGAGGCUGCUCUAAAAGUUCUUCAAAUUGAGGGUGGAGCACAGAAGGUCCCUGUGAAGUCUGAGAGCAAUGGUGUGGCAGCAGACACAAGCAACUCAGUGGGGAAGCUACAGGAGAUUGCAUUACAGAGAGGCUGGCGUCUACCUGAGUACACAGUUAUGAUGGAGGCCGGCCCUCCUCACAAAAGAGAGUUCACAGUAACCUGCCGUAUGGAGUCCUUGACUGAGAAAGCGGUAGGACACACUAAGAAAGCUGCAAAAAAGGCGGCUGCUGAGAAACUGGUGGCAAAGCUACAAAGCCUCUCUGAUGGUUCUGAAAUAACAUGGACUCUUAAAUCAAGUGUUCGACUGGAGAACCUGCGCAACUCGACAGCUGAAAAAAUCUCUCUAUUAAGAAGAAACCCUCUUAGCAUUCCCAACACAGAUUACAUCCAGAUGAUGCUGGACCUGUCCAAAGAACAAGGCUUUGAAGUCACAUAUUUUGAUAUUGAUGAACUAACUGUGAAUGGACAGUACCAGUGCUUGGCAGAGCUGUCCACCUCCCCGGUCACUGUUUGUCACGGUACUGGGAUUUCUUGCAGCAACGCUCACAACGACGCGGCCCACAAUGCACUUCAAUACAUCAAGAUCAUGGCCUCCUCAAAGUGAACCCUCUAGUAUAUGUGUCAAUCAGGUUCUUUUCCAUUCCCAUCCUCUGCAAACAUCACAGUAAAGGUAUUAUCAUGACUAUCAAUGUUCACAGUAGCAGCUGUUGUUACAUUUUCAUCAUGUUUCAGUUAAGUUUGAUGUUUUGCCAUGUGUUUAUUUAAACAUUAAGUGAAAAAAGCAAUAAAAUAUAAUGUGUUCCAAUUUGAGCUAACAUUUUAGAAUUGGCUGAGUUGACAUACUUUAAAUGUAGUGAAAAAUAACCCUUAUUUUUAGUGACUAUUACAUGUUAUUAAUUUAUUGUUUUGAUACUUAUUGUUUUUUAUAUAUAUAAAUAUGAUAAUUGAUGUGUUGUAUUUUCAUGAUCACCAGCUUUUUAGUUAAUACACGUGCUUAAACUCUUCAACUCCUUCCCAAGCAGUAAACAAAUAAUGCAGUGACUGAUAAUGCAUCGAAAAUCAGGUCCAUUUUACCUUUGUGCUGUUUUGUAGACUAAAUACUUUUAUGUUGUAACUGUUCAGCAGCGGUGGUCAAAGACUUCAUUUCUUUUCUCCAAUUAAAGGUGCACUAUGUAACUUUUUGGUUGGGGAUCCGUCACCUGCUUGUUUCUAUGGAUUCAUUGCUCUGUUUAAAAUGUUCCACAGUAUGACAUUAAACAGAUUACCUGGUGGUUUUAUAGCUCGAAAAUACUUUAAAAACGGGUACAUUCUGACUGAGCGUCGUUGCCUCUCCACAGAUCUGACCUGUAACUUGGUCUCCAUGGAGAUAGAAAGGUUUAAUACUUUAAUACUGUGAAACAUUCCAAACAAAGCAAUAAAAUCUCCAUGAAGAAAAGCAUUUGAAGAACCCUCUACCUGAAAAGUGACACAAUGCACCUUUUAAAGUAAAUUUGCCGUAGAAACUGCUUCAGUACAAAGUAUUUUUCAAUAAAUAUUUUAAAUUAAUAGUAAUGGAACUUCAAAAACAUUACAAAAACAAUACUACUUUUGAGUACAAGAUGUAAACUCUAUUUGGUUUUAUUUAUCUUUCAAAUGUAGUGGGUUAAAAUAAUCUGUACUUCCAACUGUCUGUACGUUACUUAAAGGUACAUUAUGUAACUUUCUGAUGGAGGCAUUUCACGUACUUGUCUCCAUGAUGAUUUUUUUUACGUUUUGCCUGGAAUAUUCCUCAGUAUGGCAUUAAACUUAAGUCCAUGGAGAGAAGCAUUUGAUGAGACUAGACCAAGUUACAGGUCAGAUGCAGGCAAACCAAUAACAUCAGAAAAGCAGAAAAGGUACACAGUGCACCUUUAAGUACAGUGCAUUAAACUUUACUUCUUUACUGACCACCUCUGCUGCUCAGAAAUCACUUGAUACAUUUGUGCAGUACUUUAAUCUUUACUUGUAUUUCUAUUUCACCGUUUAGUUAAACAAAAUGUCAAUUAUAAGUAUGUUAUAGGUCCUCUAAUUAGAACAAUAAAUUACCAAAUGGAACUGUGUGUGCUGUGUUUAAAAAUAACUGACUGCUAAUUAAAGGCACUAUAUCACAA